GAGAGCGGGCCGCGCCCGGCGGCCGCCAGGUGGCGCCUGCGGCCUCCAUUCGCUCGCGAGCCGCCGAGCCGCGAACACCCCAAACAAUCCCCGGCGCCGCCGCCAAAUUAAAUAACCUGCCCGCUCCCCGCCGGGCCCAGACCCCCCCGCCGGCACGUCUCCGGGCCGGGCCGGGCGCGCGAGCGGCGGCCGAGCCGGGAACGGAGGAGCGCGGCGCCGCGCCCGGGCCUCCUCGCCGCCUGCGCCGACGCUGGGCAAGAAGUUGACUGCUACAAAGGAAGAAAGGAAAGUAAGCUUGUGCUUCAGCCUGGUUUUUGAAUAUCUUUCUAAUACAGUGGUGUUCCAGAAGAUGAUAAAGAAAUGAUAGCAGCUCCAGAAAUACCAACUGAUUUUACUCUCCUCCAGGAGUCUGAAACACACUUCUCUUCCGAUACAGACUUUGAGGAUAUCGAAGGAAAAAACCAAAAACAAGGCAAAGGAAAAACCUGUAAAAAAGGUAAAAAAGGACCAGCAGAAAAGGGGAAAAGUGGAAACGGAGGAGGGAAACCUGGUGGUCCAAAUCGGAUGAAUGGACAUCACCAACAGAAUGGUGUGGAAAACAUGAUGCUGUUUGAAGUAGUUAAAAUGGGCAAGAGUGCUAUGCAGUCUGUAGUGGAUGACUGGAUAGAGUCAUACAAACAUGACAGGGAUAUAGCACUUCUUGAUCUCAUCAACUUUUUUAUUCAGUGUUCGGGUUGCAAAGGAGUUGUUACAGCUGAGAUGUUCCGACAUAUGCAGAAUUCUGAAAUAAUCCGAAAAAUGACAGAAGAAUUUGAUGAGGACAGUGGUGAUUAUCCUCUAACUAUGGCUGGUCCCCAGUGGAAGAAGUUUAAAUCCAGUUUUUGUGAGUUCAUUGGAGUACUCGUCCGACAAUGUCAAUAUAGCAUCAUAUAUGAUGAAUAUAUGAUGGAUACUGUCAUUUCACUGCUCACGGGGCUGUCAGACUCACAAGUCAGAGCAUUUCGGCACACUAGCACGCUGGCAGCUAUGAAGCUGAUGACUGCUUUAGUGAAUGUGGCAUUAAAUCUUAGUAUUAACAUGGACAACACACAACGGCAGUAUGAAGCAGAACGAAAUAAAAUCAUUGGGAAGCGUGCUAAUGACAGGCUGGAACUCUUACUACAGAAAAGAAAGGAGCUUCAGGAAAAUCAGGAUGAAAUAGAGAACAUGAUGAAUGCAAUAUUUAAAGGUGUUUUUGUGCAUAGAUACCGUGAUGCAAUUGCUGAAAUAAGAGCUAUCUGUAUUGAAGAAAUUGGAAUAUGGAUGAAGAUGUACAGUGACGCCUUUCUCAAUGACAGCUACUUAAAAUAUGUAGGGUGGACUAUGCAUGAUAAGCAAGGGGAAGUAAGACUGAAAUGCCUAACUGCUCUGCAAGGGCUUUACUAUAAUAAAGAGCUUAAUUCCAAAUUGGAACUCUUCACCAGUCGAUUCAAGGAUAGAAUUGUGUCUAUGACUCUUGACAAAGAAUAUGAUGUUGCAGUCCAAGCAAUAAAAUUACUCACUCUUGUUUUACAGAGUAGUGAAGAAGUUCUGACUGCAGAAGACUGUGAAAAUGUCUACCAUCUGGUUUAUUCAGCUCAUCGGCCAGUAGCAGUUGCCGCAGGGGAAUUUCUUUAUAAAAAGCUUUUCAGCCGCAGAGAUCCUGAAGAUGAUGGAAUACUUAAAAGGAGGGGAAGACAAAGUCCAAAUGCUAAUCUUGUGAAGACAUUGGUGUUUUUCUUUUUGGAAAGUGAAUUGCAUGAACAUGCUGCUUAUCUAGUGGACAGCAUGUGGGACUGUGCAACAGAUCUCUUGAAAGACUGGGAAUGUAUGAAUAGUCUUCUGCUGGAGGAACCUCUCAACGGAGAAGAGCCUUUAACAGAUAGACAGGAGAGUGCACUGAUUGAAAUAAUGCUGUGUACAAUUCGACAAGCAGCUGAAUGUCAUCCUCCUGUGGGAAGAGGAACGGGGAAAAGGGUGCUGACAGCGAAGGAAAAGAAAACCCAGUUGGAUGACAGAACGAAAAUUACAGAACUUUUUGCAGUGGCUCUUCCACAGUUGUUAGCAAAGUAUUCUGUAGAUGCUGAAAAAGUCACCAACUUGCUGCAGCUGCCACAGUACUUUGAUUUGGAAAUUUAUACAACAGGGCGACUAGAAAAGCAUUUGGAUGCCUUACUGCGACAAAUCCGGGACAUUGUGGAGAAGCACACAGACAUCGACGUUUUGGAAGCCUGUUCAAAAACGUACCAUGCUCUCUGUAAUGAAGAGUUCACAAUCUUUAACAGGGUUGAUAUUGCAAGAAGUCAGUUAAUAGAUGAGCUGGCAGACAAGUUUAAUCGACUUCUUGAAGACUUCCUACAAGAGGGGGAAGAACCUGACGAAGAUGAUGCUUAUCAGGUCUUAUCAACAUUGAAGAGGAUCACUGCUUUCCACAAUGCCCAUGACCUGUCAAGAUGGGAUUUGUUUGGCUGCAACUACAAGUUAUUGAAAACUGGCAUUGAAAAUGGAGACAUGCCAGAACAGAUUGUUAUUCAUGCACUGCAGUGCACUCAUUAUGUAAUCCUUUGGCAGCUAGCAAAAAUUACUGAAAGCAGUUCCACAAAGGAGGAUCUUCUACGUCUGAAGAAGCAGAUGAGAGUGUUCUGUCAAAUCUGUCAACACUACCUGACCAAUGUAAACACUGCUGUUAAGGAACAGGCUUUCACAAUUCUGUGUGAUGUUUUGAUGAUCUUCAGCCAUCAGAUUAUGACAGGAGGACGUGACAUGCUGGAACCACUUGUUUACACUCCUGAUUCUUCACUGCAAUCUGAGCUGCUCAGUUUUAUUUUAGAUCAUGUCUUCAUUGAUCAGGAUGAUGAUAAUAAUAGUGCAGAUGGACAGCAGGAUGAUGAAGCUAGUAAAAUUGAAGCAUUGCACAAAAGAAGAAAUCUACUUGCAGCUUUCUGUAAACUCAUUGUAUAUACUGUGGUGGAAAUGAAUACUGCUGCAGAUAUUUUCAAGCAAUAUAUGAAGUAUUACAAUGACUACGGUGAUAUUAUUAAAGAAACAAUGAGUAAAACAAGACAGAUAGACAAAAUCCAGUGUGCUAAAACACUUAUUCUUAGCUUGCAGCAGCUUUUCAAUGAAAUGAUUCAAGAAAAUGGGUAUAAUUUUGACAGAUCAUCACCAACAUUCAGUGGCAUAAAGGAGCUUGCUCGACGUUUUGCUUUAACAUUUGGACUGGAUCAAUUGAAAACAAGAGAAGCUAUUGCUAUGUUACACAAGGAUGGCAUAGAAUUUGCCUUUAAGGAGCCUAAUCCACAAGGUGAGAGCCACCCACCUCUGAAUUUGGCAUUUCUUGAUAUUCUGAGUGAGUUUUCCUCCAAACUUCUCAGACAAGACAAAAGAACAGUGUAUGUUUACUUGGAGAAGUUUAUGACCUUUCAGAUGUCCCUACGAAGAGAAGAUGUGUGGCUUCCUCUCAUGUCCUACAGAAACUCUUUAUUAGCUGGUGGAGAUGAUGAUACUAUGUCAGUAAUUAGUGGAAUUAGCAGUCGAGGAUCUACAGUAAGAAAUAAGAAAACAAAACCAGCAACAGGGAAACGGAAAGUACCUGAAGCUGAGGAAAGCAGCAGUAGUGACAGUAUGUGGAUGAACAGGGAGCAGACAAUGCACACACCAGUCAUGAUGCAGACACCUCAGCUUACUUCCACAAUAAUGAGGGAGCCCAAGAGAUUGCGACCUGAAGAGAACUAUAUGGGUGUCUAUCCUAUGCAGCCUGAACACCACCAAGCUCCACUGGAUUACAACACGCAAGUAACGUGGAUGUUGGCUCAAAGGCAACAGGAAGAAGCCGCACGACAACAACAGGAGAGGGCAGCGAUGAACUACGUCAAGCUGAGAACCAACUUGCAACAUGCUAUUCGGCGUGGCACAAGUCUAAUGGAAGAUGACGAAGAGCCAAUUGUUGAAGAUGUGAUGAUGUCAUCAGAAGGGCGAAUUGAAGAUCUCAAUGAAGGCAUGGAUUUUGACACCAUGGACAUAGACCUACCACCGUCGAAGAACAGGAGAGAAAGAACGGAGCUAAAACCAGAUUUCUUUGACCCCGCUUCGAUCAUGGAUGAAUCGGUUCUUGGGGUGUCAAUGUUUUAAUACCAGAGCAGCAAAUAAAUCAGUGGUGAAGUCAUUUUCUAAGUGGAAGAGGAAGUUUUUCAAUACAAAAUUGUGGUAGAUACAGUGAAAUUCUGAACAGAUUUUUCUCUAAGGAGAAUGACAUGCUUUCAAGAUCAAGUGCAUUGAAGGGGCAGUUUUGUUUGCCUGAAAAAAAAAAUAAAAAAAGAAAAAAAAAAGAAAUGUAAAGGACAAGUAAACAAUUUGAGGAUAAGCUACACUUUUUGUUGGAAAAA